AUGGCGACUCUAACCAUGACUCCUCCCACCCGCCAGCCUUUCGCUAACCUGGACACACCGCGAAUGCGGUCAGUCAUGCGGACCAAGCUGAACCGCCAAAACAUCCAAAACAGUGAGCCUUCACUCCCGUGUUAUAAUAUUGAUAUCCGAACCUCAAAACUAACCCCUCCAGGCAUAUCCCUAUCCAAGAAAAGCUCCAUCUUCAUCGAAGACACUGAGAACAUCGACCCCUACACUCGCAGUCUCUCAGCCAAACGCAAGCGUACCCUAGAUGAUGACGAAAUCUCCAAGGGUUCUCCCAAACCCAAGACAUCACGCAUCGCCCUCUCCACCCGCGCCACCAGCAAUGUCUCAUCUCACUUCUCCACCCCCUUGAAAACAAUCCCAUCCACACCAAAAUCUGCCCCAAUUCUCAAACCCGCUGGCCGGACCCCAACAAAGUCAUGCAAGGUACUCGGUCGCCGGUCGGCCAUUGCCAAAUCCAGACCCGAUUCCGGAAAGCGGGCCGUUGCCCGUCCUUUCUCCCUUGCUACUGCGCUCCAGGCUACGCCUGCACCAAAGUCCACGCCCAAGGCGCCGACGGGCUGGUUCUUUGAGAUCCAUGUUGACUCUGAGCAGGAGGAGAUGACUAAUCUCAUGCAGCACUCGACUGGGGUGCUCGAUAUCAGUGAUGACGAGGGGAAGGCCGCUGUUGAUGAUCGCGGCAAGGAGAAUGUUCCACCAUCUGAGCUUGGUAUUGAGUUGCCCCGUAGCAACCAGGCUGUUGCCCUGGCUGCUGCUGCGGAGGCUCGUAAGGCGGAGAAGAUGGAGGAGGACCGCUCGCCGCUUGGGGAACUUACUGCUUCGGAUUAUUAUCCCGAAGAUUGUAAUGCUUUCUCUUAUGCUGUUGUCUAUGACGAUGAUAACGGUCCUCAGUCUAAGAUGACUCCUGUCAUGCCGCCGCCGUCUAAUUUCGUCUCGCCGGAGAUUAAUACCUCUAUUGCUUCCUUGCUGGAGACUGCUCUCCCGCCGAAGUUUGAAAACAAGGAGACCGAGACCGAUACCAAGACGGCUGUUGCCUGUGAGGCAGCUGCUUCGGACGAUAAGAUUGAAUCGUCUUAG